AUGGGGGAUUCUUGUGCGUUUUCCUGGUUCCAGGCUGCGGCAACAGGAAAUCUGGAAGUGAUCCAGGCGCUGAAGGAGCAGUGCUCUGGUCUCCGCAAUGAGGAUGGCGAGACAGCACUCAUGCUUGCUGUGCGCAAUAACGCAAUGAAUGUCGUGGAAGUUCUUUUGAACAGCGAAGCUAAGCUCACCAACGAGGAUGGGUAUACCGCCCUACUCAUCGCAGCAGAGGAAAACAAUUCGUUUGCAUGUUCUAUCCUUCUAGCAGCGGAAAGGGACAUAUGUCUCAAUGAUAACUCAGAUGCGCUAAUUUUAGCCACCGAGGCAGGAGCUAUGGAUGCUAUCUGCAUUUUGGCGCCUGGAUGGCCUGUGCGGAGAACAACUGAAGGCAUUGCUGCUAUCGAUAUAGCAUCCAACGAAUCCAAUCUCAAGGCGGUCAACCUGCUGCUACAGGGGCAAGACCUCACUUGCGAAGACGUAGAAAGGGCUAUGCUGCAUGCAAAUGAGGAUGAUGAUAACUACGACAGUAUCUGUUCCGCAUUGCAAGGAUACUUAGUGUCCCUCGGCGCCCGGUCUUCUACCCCGGGUCGUGACGUUCCACUAGAGCUGUCAGACUAUGAUGCUGUGCCCGAUGCUAUUCAGUAUUGUCCAUCACUGCCGCAGGAUAGCCUUCCCCUCGCCUACUCUGCUCUUGACAAUACAGAUGUGGCUAUGACGAAGAUAUCCUUGGAGGAGAGUGAUGAUAUUUCCAAGGCGAUAUUAAUGCCGGGCGCUGUUACACCGAUUAGCCAGCAACUUAAUGCAGAUCUGCAGGAAGUAACCCCAACAGAGCAGAGAUGUAAGCCUAUUAUCGACGAACUUGAAGGAGAAGCGUCGUCUGAUGAAAUACAGCCAGAUCCCACGGAGUUUUAUGAAGAAAAACGUCUGUCAGAAGGCCUGGCUUCAUCCACAGUUUUUCAGUUAACCAACAUGAUCCAGGAGCAUAAUCCAAUGAGUGAGCUUGUUAAAAUUAUAGAUUGUAAGGAUGCAGAAAUUCAGGAGCUUAGAUUGCUGAUUGAUACACUACAAAAUAGAAAACCUAUCUCAGAUGACGCUCGAUUCUAUUCUACAGGUCAGUCUGCAUCUCAGGAAGCCCCUAAUUUCCCAGAAGAGCCCCCUAUAGUUAUCUCAGCUACUACCAGCAUAGCCCUUAGCACCAUAGAUACACUGCGAUCGCGCAUUGCUGAAUUAGAAGGCAAAUUGGCAGAGCACCCGCCUACUCAUGAGCUUGUCGAUACAGAGACACAGUAUUCUGUCAACACAAUUGUAUUUAGUGCUACGGCGGAUCAAGCCGAUAAGUGCUUAGGCUGCAAUGUAGAAACGACUACACCAAAGGAAAUAGAGCAGAUACUCCUUGAAAACUCUCAUCUAUCUGCCAAACUACAACAGGCAGAAAACGAGGUUAUGGCGUUGGGUAGAUGCCUCACUGAUGCCAUUGCUGCAAGCGAUAACGUCGAAGCCAAUUUGAUCCUUCAGGACUUUGCACACCGAGAACGGAUACUUAUUGACUCAUAUGUGUCUCGGAUUGAAAACCUGCAAACCAGUAUGGACAUGUUCAUAGGUAUACAGAAGAGGAAGGCGAAAGAGUCGGAGGCGUACUUCCAUGCGCAGUUAGAGGAGAUAACAGAACAGAACACGCUAGCUAAUAAGGCAAUACGGAAUCUAACCUUACAGAUAGAAACAUCUAACUCGGAGUUGCAGGAGCUGAGAGGGACUAUUGCAUACUUAAACGAGGAAAAUGCGUCUUUGAGCGAUGCGCUUAAACUGGCAAAAGCCGUACAAGAACAAGUUUCCAAUGAGAUUGCUGGCUCUGCCAUUAAUAUCACAACAACGUCUGUUACAGUCCAGACUGAACCCACUUGUGACUCUGUGCCUGGUCCUGACCUCAGCCCUGACAAUGUCACAACUAUGCAUGAUUUGCCCAAAUGCACUACUCAGAAAGAGCUUGAUGAAGCUAUGCUUAACGCUAUCUUGAAUCAAGCUCUUUGUACUACAGAUUAUUCGGGUCUCUUGUCAGAUACCGUGCUGUUUGCUAUUGCCCCUGAUUUGGAAAUCACAGUGAGCAACGUUUUUCAAGCAGUCACCUGGUUUUAUAAUGAGUCUGAGCAGAAGGAGCGGCGUCUUUCAGAAGCGGAAGAAAAACUCGAAGUGAUGGCUAAUCUUUGCGAAAACCUCUCUGCAGAGUUGAAAGAGAAGUAUAGCCUGAUACUAGAUAUUUCACCGGAUGGCACCGGUGAGUACACAAUAUCCUGUGCAGAGCCUCUUGGCAAUCCAAGGGGGCACCAGGGCGAGAUAUCUGAUCAUCCAGAUAGCCUUGUUUUGCAGCCCAUCAUCCCAAUAGAGCAAUCAAAUUCUUCAGAUGUAUCUCUGAAACCCCUGCAGUCGCAUAGUGAUGUACAUAGUUUACUACAGGUUGAAGACCUGGAGCUCCCUAGUCUACCUAAAGCUGGGAGUCCAUCUAAGAGCAUUGAGAUAUCCUUCGACAAAGAUCUAUCGGCAUCACCUCCAGUUCAUCUGCAAGUUCCUCUCAUCUCUAUAAACAAACCGGAGAAAAAGACAACCUCUAAGCCAAAGCCAGUUAACAAUAUUCCCAUGUUAGUGGAAGACGAAACAUCUUCUCUUAUGCUUCCAUCGAUCCACGCUGGCGAGUUUCGAGCAACGAAGCUAAAGCAAAUUGGGAACGAUAUUUCCCCAACGACCACGCAUGCUGACCGCACCGACAUGCAGCGAGCUCAUGAUUUGCAAGAAAGAGCGUUGCAGCUCUCUCACGACGCAGUUAGCCCAUACCUGACUCAUAAAGAAGAGCCUGCUCCUAUCCUAGAGCAAAACAGCAACCAGGGAGAUGAUACCCCACUGAUAGCCGCUGUCCUAAAGGGUCAGAAUUCUGAAAUACGAAGAUACUUACAAUAUGCAGGAAGGUUCAACGGAGAUGGUGUGACAGCUCUGAUGAUAGCAGCCAUGCGUAACAAUCUUGAGGCCGCUCAGCUACUUGUGGAGUACGAGAAGGGACUAACAACUGCCGACGGUUCGACUGCCCUGUGCCUGGCUUUGCUCAAAGGAAACAUGCCAGUUGCAAAGUUCCUCACUCCAUAUGAAGGUUUGGACUUUUCACAUGUCUCUUCAAAGGGUCGUCGUUUCACAGAGUUAAUGCAGGCAGCGGAUGAAGAUAAUAUAGUGGCUGUUUGGUGCCUUAUCCCUCACCAAGGUGGCCUUAGGGACGAAGAGGGCUUCACUGCUCUCAUGUACGCCGUACAGGCAGGCCACUAUGAAGUGGCACGUAUUCUUUAUGAGCUCGAGGGACGUGUGCGAAACGUCAAUGGGGAAACGGCUCUGAUGCUUGCAGCUGCCUCUGGGUUUACCCGCAUUGCUAACAUGCUAGUGAUAAAGGAGGCAGGAGAACGAGAUAAUCAAGGAAGAACAGCCUUGAUGCGUGCGGCGAUUUAUAAUCAUUGUGAUGUGAUUCGAUUAUUGCUGCAAAAAGAAGGCGGUAUCCAAGAUAGCCGGGGCGAAACAGCCCUAAUGUUUGCUGCAAAGGCUAAUAACCCCGAAGCAGUACGGCUCCUUUUAGAUAAGGAAGGCGGAAAGAGAAUGCUUGUGAAACAGCCUGGCCGCAAUGGAACACAAUUGCGAGGGCCAGGAUAUACGGCGUUAAUACAAGCCGUCAGAAAGAACAGUAUUGCAUGCAUUCCUCUACUCUUGAGUAGAGAGGCCGGCUUCAAAGACGCAGAGGGACGGGCACCAAUUCUUUUUGCAAAGACAAAGGAGACAAGAGACUUGCUUCUCAGGGAAUAG